CCCCAAUUUAAACCUGCCAGCAUACUAUUGUAAGCCCUCCUGGUUCACCACCACCGCCUGCAGGAGCCUCUCAUCUCCUCCUCGGCCACACCCUACCCUCGGCGCCCUUCAGAAGAAAGCGCACGGCUCAGAGCCCUGACGACAUAGCCGACACCAGAGCCUCAUUGACUUGAAUACAAACCAACAUGGGCGGGUGGAUGUCACGGUUGACCUCGCUGGUGUGGGCGAAGAAGGAGAUUCGCAUUCUUAUCCUCGGUCUUGACAACGCGGGCAAGACGACGCUGCUCUAUCGGUUGAAGAUCGGUGAGGUCGUCACCACUAUUCCUACCAUCGGCUUCAACGUCGAGUCCGUCUCGUACAAAAACCUAAACCUCAAUGUCUGGGAUCUCGGUGGCCAAACCUCCAUCAGACCGUACUGGCGCUGCUACUACAGCAACACGGCGGCGGUGAUUUUCGUCAUCGACAGCACCGACAUCGACCGGUUAGGCACGGCGUCGGAGGAGCUGGCGGCGAUGCUCAGCGAGGAGGAGCUGCGCGACGCGGCGCUGCUCGUCUUCGCCAACAAGCAGGACCAGCCGGGCGCCAAGGGCGCGGGCGAGAUCUCCGAGGCGCUGAAGCUGGGCGAGCUGCGCGACCGCAACUGGAGCAUAGUUGCCUGCUCGGCCAUUGAUGGCCGCGGCGUCGAUGAGGGCAUGGAUUGGUUGACGACUACGAUCCAGGCCGAUAACGCAUAGUGCAGCAGGAGCGCACACCCUCGCGCGCGCUCGCUGGCUGGGGCGGCUGGGAAAGAACAUACGACUUGUAAUACCCGCAUUAUGGAGUUCUGGCGCAAUUCUCAAUGCACGGGAGCGAGAGAAACGGAAGAAAGGAAGGAAGAAGGAGGGACUUUGGGCGGCGUGUCUCAAGAUCCGAACAGACAGACGGCCUCUUUUUUUCCGCAGGACAGGCUGGUGCUCGACAUGACAGGACGGGACGGGACGGGACGGGAUGGGUCCGACGCGCUAUAUGAUGAGUAGAAAGAAGAACGGGGGGGGUUUUGUUUGCCCCCACCCCAUCACUGAUAAAGCACACUAUGUAUUAAGAAUCCUAAACAUUUAGACGGCUGG